GCCGCUCCUCCUGCCCGCCCCUCGCCAUGGAUGUCCUCAGGCUCGCGAUGUUUGUGCUGCUGGUUGCCGCUGGGCGCGCGCAGGCGCAGGAGGACCCUCCCCCUCCUGAGGGCUACCACGCCUUCGUGCAGUCGCCCAGCGCCGAGCCGCCGCGCGUCAGGCGCCCGCCCUACCUGCAGUCCGACUCCGAGUGCCCGGGGGUGAGGAGCGGUCAGCGCUCCCUCAAUAACCUGUGCGGGGACCUCAACAAGGGCUUCAUCCCGCGCAACCCCAUGGAGCAGCACAUCCUCGGCUCGUCCUACCCCUUCGAGCUGAUCAAGAACAAGACGCUGCAGUUCUUCAGCAGGACGCUGCCCAUCCUGAAGGCUGACGACACGCUGCCCAAGGUGGCGCGCUACCGCGGCCUGGAGUCCUCCGAGGCCUUCUCCGGCAACCACCUGGCCGACCCCGGAUCGUCCGGCUCGCCCAAGCACCGCAAGAAGAGGGAAGACGUGUCCUUGAGCAAGGAAGAAGCCAAGGAAGAACCAGAGACGGACAUGGAGAAGGCGUCGAAUCGGGAGGCCAGGAAGUUCUGCGACAACGGAGGAGUGCUGUGCAUGCUGUACAAGGCGUUCAACGGCGAGUCCCCGGCGGCAGGGACCCCGGGGGCGGCAGGGACUCCGGGGACGGCAGGGACUCCGGGGGCGGCGGAGCGGCGCGACGGCAUGGCCGAGGCGCGCCGCCCCCAGCACGAGCCGCCGGCGCCGCCCACGCCCUGCCCCGCCAAGGUGGACUACGCCACCCCCGUGUUCGCCAAGAACUACCAGGGCGUGUGGCGCUACGUGGUGCAGAUCCCCUACGAGGGCUACUUCACGCAGACCAUCGAGGUCACCCGCUGCCUGCAGAGCCGCUGCUACUACAUGGAGGGCGGCUGCAUGGCCUCGCCUCGCUGGACCAGCCUGCUGGUGGCGGAGAUCUUCUACCCGGACACCUUCCUGCCGUCCUCGGGGGCUCGCUGGCCGGCCCGCCGCCCCCCCGUGCCCGCCGAGGGCCCGCCGCCCGUGCACGACUUCAACAACUACCAGCAGUACCUGCGCAAGAGGGCGGGCGAGGAGGCCGCCGCCGGCUCCAGCCCGCCGCCCCCCGCCGCCCCCGGCGCCCCCGACGCCACCGCCCCGCACUGCGACGGCGUCGACGAGCUGGGCUGCUUCCAGGUGCGGCUGUACUACGACUGGUUCCUCGUGCCGGGCAGCUGCAAGUGCUGGCGGCCGGACUACUUCUCCAGGUACAUCAGGCGGAAGGUGGUGUCGCCCGAGCUGUGA